ACGAGGGAGAAGAUAACAGAACUCGAGACAGAAGGAGGGAAGAAGAGUGUCCUGUUUGUCUCGCUGUUUCCCGGCUGUGCGUGUUGAUUUAGCGUGGUGAGGAUGAGUAGCCCCUGUUUGUGUCGCGCGGUGCCCGUGAGCCAGACCCGGCUGAGGGAGGUCAAACUCAGCUUGAAGACCAGCAGAGAGACCAUCGCAAUCCGCCCUACCCCAGUCGUCCGGGAGGUCAGCAGCCGGCAGUAUACCACGGUGAAAGAAGUCCCAACCCGGACCAAUGCACCAGGGAGCCGGAGCAGGAGCACUCCACCCGUUUCUAGGGCCCAGAGCAGGAGAGGGGCCAAAACCAACAGUCCCCACAUUCGUGAUCCUGAGCACCUACCAGAGAGGAAUGGAACUUUACUGGGAAUCACACCUAAAUUAGCGCCCAUGACUUUUACUCCAGUCUCCUCAACCUCAUCGUCCUCUUCCUCCUGCACCCCAAGGAGCCAUCGGCCCUCACCUCCCCGAUCCUCACCAUCUUGCCCCCUGUCCCCGUCCCGGAGUAUGAGACGAGCACGCUGGCUGAGCUACAGUGCUUCCAACAUUUGCUUCAACAACUCCAUCCUGGAUGGGCGCUUCAGACAACUGCAAGAUGAGCGAGAGGCUGUCCAGAAGAAGACCUUUACAAAAUGGGUGAAUUCCAUAUUAGCCAGAGUCAGCUGCCGAAUCUCAGAUCUCUAUCUAGACCUGCGGGAUGGUAGAAUGCUCAUCAGACUACUGGAGGUUCUGUCAGGGGAGAGACUGCCCAGGCCAACCAAGGGCCGAAUGCGCAUCCACUGUCUGGAGAAUGUGGAUAAAGCUCUACAGUUUUUAAAGGAGCAGAGGGUGCACUUAGAGAACAUGGGAUCACAUGAUAUUGUAGAUGGGAAUCACCGGCUCAUCCUGGGCCUCAUCUGGACCAUCAUUCUUCGCUUCCAGAUUCAAGACAUUAUAGUAGAGACAGGACAAGCUGACCAGACAGGCCGGCUAGAGACCCGCUCGGCCAAAGAUGCACUGCUCCUCUGGUGCCAGAUGAAGACUGCAGGGUACCCCAAUAUAAACAUCACCAAUUUCACCACAAGCUGGAAAGACGGCAUGGCUUUCAACGCUCUCAUUCACAAGCACAGGCCAGAUCUGGUGGACUAUGGCAAUCUACAGAGGUCCAACCCUACUCACAACCUUCAGCAGGCUUUUAACCUAGCUGAACAAAAACUUGGUGUCACCAAGCUCCUGGACCCAGAAGAUGUGUUCACUGAGAACCCAGAUGAGAAGUCCAUAAUCACAUAUGUUGUUGCAUUUUACCACUACUUCUCUAAGAUGAAAGCUCUGGCAGUUGAGGGCAAGCGAGUUGGGAAGGUGCUGGACCAGGCCAUUGAAACAGAGAAGAUGAUUGAGAAGUAUGAGACAUUGUCAUCAGACCUGCUAACAUGGAUUGAGCAAACCAUCAUUGUGCUGAACAACCGCAAGCUUGCUAACUCCCUUACAGGCGUCCAACAGCAACUGCAGGCUUUCAACUCUUACCGUACUGUGGAGAAACCACCUAAGUUUCAGGAGAAAGGCAACUUGGAAGUACUGCUGUUUACCAUCCAGAGCAGAAUGAGGGCCAACAAUCAGAGAGUCUACACACCUAAAGAGGGUGCACUGGUGUCAGAUAUCAACAAGGCAUGGGAGCGGUUGGAGAAGGCAGAACACGACCGUGAGCGGGUCCUAAGAGAUGAACUCAUUAGGCAGGAGAAGCUGGAGCAGAUGGCUCGUCGCUUUGACAGGAAGGCAGCCAUGAGAGAGACCUGGCUUCAAGAAAAUCAGAGACUAGUUUCACAGGACAACUUUGGCUAUGACUUACCAGCAGUAGAGGCAGCUAAAAAGAAACAUGAUGCCAUAGAGACAGACAUUGCUGCAUAUGAAGAACGCGUUCAGGCACUGGUGGCCCUGUCUAAAGAACUGGAAGCAGAACGAUACCAUGAUGCUAAACGCAUUGAUGCUAGAAAAGACAAUAUCUUGAGGCUGUGGGACUACCUGCAGGAGCUCUUGAAAGCUCGCAGAGGUCGUCUAGACAAGAAUCUCACCCUUCAGAGUAUCUUCCAGGAGAUGCUCUACAUCAUCAGCUGGAUGGAUGAAAUUAAGAGCCGACUCUUGUCCCCAGACUUUGGAAAACAGUUAUUGGAAGUGGAAGACUUGUUGCAGAAACAUUCGUUGGUAGAGGCGGAUAUAGCAGUGCAGGCAGAAAGAGUACGAUCAGCCAAUGCAGCUGCUCUUAAAUUUGCCAAUGGUGAUAGUUAUAAACCAUGUGACCCACAAGUAAUCCGUGAUCGGGUACAACACUUGGACCUGUGCUACCAGGAGUUGUGUGCUCUGGCAGCUCAGAGGAAAGCACGUCUGGAGCAGUCGCGACGGCUUUGGAACUUUUUAUGGGAAAUUGCAGAGUUGGAGAGUUGGAUUCGGGAAAAGGAGCACAUUUUCUCCUCUCUUGACUAUGGUAAGGACCUGACUAGUGUGCUGGUACUGCAGAGCAAACACAGUGUCUUUGAGAAUGAGCUUGCCGCUGGACGGGACAACUUGAAGCAGGUGAUGGACGAAGGAGAGAGCAUGAUCCAGGCCAAGCACUUGGGUUCCCCCAAAGUGCAACAGCGCAUGGAUGAUGUGCGAAGACAGUGGCAACAGCUGGAGGAACUGGCUGCCUUCCGUAAGCAGAAUCUGCAAGACACACAACGCUUCUUCCAAUUUCAGGGUGAUGCUGAUGACCUCAAGGCCUGGCUGGUUGAUGCUAUGCGGCAGAUGAGCAGUGACGAUGUUGGGCAUGAUGAAUAUACUACCCAGCGACUUCUUAAGAAACAUCGUGACUUAAGAGAUGAGGCCGCUAAGAAUGGUGCCACCAUUGAUGCUCUAUCCAAACAGGCCAAUGCACUUCCUGAGGAAUUAAGGAACACACCAGACAUCCAGGGGCGUUUGAAUGAUAUCCGGGAUAUGUAUAUUGAGCUUCUGACCCUAUCAGACCUGAGGCAAAAGAAACUGGAUGACACCAUGGCUCUUUACACUAUCUUCAGUGAGACAGACGCUUGUGAGCUCUGGAUGGGCCAGAAGGAAACCUGGCUGGUUGGGCUAGAGACACCUGAGAAUUUGGAAGAUCUAGAAAUUGUGCAAAACAGGCUAAGCAUUCUUGCUCAAGAAAUGGAUAACAUGCAGGCUCGGGUUGAUAACGUCAAUAAGGCAGCCAAGCAACUCGAAGAUAGCAGACAUCCACAAACAAAACAAGUGAAAGACUGUCAAAUUCGUCUCAAUAAGAGGUGGGAAGCUUUUAAAGCAAUGGUGGAGGAUAAGAAACGUAAAGUAGAUUCAGCCCUCAGCCUACAUAACUAUGAUCUUGAAUGUGAUGAGACGGAGUCAUGGAUAAAAGAGAAGACACGAGUCAUUGAGUCUACAAAGGACCUUGGGAAUGACCUGGCUGCAGUCAUUACCAUUCAGAGGAAGCUCUUCGGCAUGGAAAGAGACCUUGCUGCCAUCCAAGAUAAGUUGGAUUUCCUGCAUGAUGAGGCCCAGAAGCUUGUGAAGGAACACCCAGAAAAUGCUUCUGAAAUACUUGCCAGACAGGAAGAGUUGGAUGCAGCAUGGGAUGCCUUGAAACGUACCCUGAAAGACCGUGAAGACUCUCUUGGGGAGGUCAGCAAACUGCAGACCUUCCUACAGGACAUGGAUGAUUUUCAAGCCUGGCUGUUCAAGACACAGAAGGCUGUUGCAUCUGAAGAUAUGCCUGAUGGUUUACCAGAGGCUGAGCAGUUUCUGAGUCUCCAUGAUGCUGUGAGGGAUGAUAUGGAUGGCCAUGAGGAAGACUAUCAUCGUGUGAGGGACACGGGAGUAGCUGUCAUUCAGGGCCAAGAAGAUGAUCCUCAGUACCAGCAGCUGGAGCAGAGGUUGGAGGGUCUUGAUAAGGGCUGGGAUGAACUGCACAAAAUGUGGGAUAGCCGCAAGAACUUCCUAGAUCAGGGUCUCGGCUUCCAACAAUUCAUGAGGGAUGCCAAGCAGGCUGAGGCCAUCUUAAAUAACCAGGAAUACACUCUAGCCCACACUGACAAGCCUGACACCCUGGAUGGAGCAGAAAAGGCCCUGAAGAAACAUGAGGACUUUGUUACCACCAUGGAUGCUAAUGAAGAGAAGAUACUCAGCACACUGGAGACUGGUCAGAGACUGGUGGACAGUGGAAACCUUUACUCAGGAAGGGUGAAAGACAAGAUGGGCUCCAUUGAGGAUAGAUACAACAAGAACAAAGACAAAGCCAAUGAAGUCUCAGGGAAACUCAAAGACAACAGGGAACUUCAGCACUUCCUUCAGAACACCCAGGAUCUUACACUGUGGAUAAAUGAGAAAAUGCUGACUGCACAGGAUACAUCAUAUGAUGAGGCUCGAAACCUCCAUAGCAAGUGGCAAAAACACCAAGCCUUCAUGGCAGAGCUUGCAUCGAACAAGGAUUGGCUUCAUAACAUUGAUAAGGAGGGACAGGAACUGAUGGAAACCAAGCCUGAGUUUGAGCCCAUUGUUAUGGAUCGUCUUGCUAAGCUUCAUGAACUAUGGGAUAAGCUGGAGAGCACCACACAAGAGAAGGCUCGGCUGCUGUUCGACGCAAACCGCUCUGAGCUGUUUGAUCAGAGCCUGGUUGACCUAAAGAAAUGGUUGGCUAAAUUGCAGCAGCAGAUCCAGGGUGAUGUGGAUGAAGAAGUGAAGGAUCUUACCAGUGCCAACAUCCUACUGAAGAAGCAUCAGAUGACAGAGAAUCAAGUUCGGGAUCGUGCACGGGAGCUUGAAGAACUUCAGGAAGCUGUACAGCAGCAUGCUUCACUUAGAGAGGACCAACCCGAGCUUGAGGUUGAGCAGCAAACUCUUCAGAGGGACUUUCAGAAGCUCCUCACACCUCUCGCCCAACGCAAAGGAAAGCUGGAGGCCGCCAAGGCAGUGCACCAGUUCUUCAGAGAUCUUGCAGAUGAGAUACUCUGGGUUAACGAGAGGUUACCAAUGGCAAUGUCAGAGGAUCAUGGCAAUAAUCUUCAGACUGUCCAACUUCUGCUCAAGAAGAAUCAAUCACUACAAAAGGAGAUUGAGGGUCACCAGCCACGCAUUGAUGAAGUGUUAGAGCGUGGCCGGCGAAUGGUGGCAGCAGCAGAGGGCAGUCCACAGGAAGAACACAUGUCUGAGGAGAUGAAGAAGCUUCAGGAGGUGUGGGCAAAGCUGCAGGAUGAGAUGGCCAAACGUAGAGCACGGCUCUAUGGCUCUAAUGAGGCCCAGCAGUAUUACAAUGAUGCAGAUGAAGCUGAGGCCUGGAUAGGGGAACAAGAACUCUACAUGAUUGCUGAUGAAAAGGCCAAGGAUGAACAGAGUGCUUUGAUCAUGCUGAAGCGACACCUGCUUAUGAAGCAGACAGUGGAUGACUAUUCGUACUCCAUCCAGCAGUUGGCAGAUCGUGCUCAGAAGAUGCUGGCUGAAGAGCACCCAGAUGGUGAGGCCAUCAUCCGGAGACAAGGACAAGUUGAUAAGCAGUAUGCUGGGCUGAAGGAGCAAGCAGAGGACCGAAAAAAGAAGCUGGACCACACAUAUCAUAAUUUCUUGCUGAGCCGUGAAGUGGAGGAUCUUGAGCAGUGGAUUGCAGAGCGUGAUGUGGUGGCCUCUUCAGAAGAGAUGGGCCAAGACCUUGACCAUGUGACGAUCCUGCGAGAUAAGUUCAGGGAGUUUGCACGGGAGACAGGGACAGUGGGUCAAGAACGUGUAGACACUGUAAACCAGAUCAUAGAUGAUCUGAUCGAAGCAGGCCACAGUGAGGCAGCAACCAUGGCGGAGUGGAAGGAUGGAGUCAAUGAGAGUUGGGCAGAUCUGCUGGAACUCAUCGACACUCGUGCGCAGCUCCUCACAGCCUCCUAUGACCUGCUUAAAUAUUUUUAUGAUGGGAAAGAGUUGGUCGCUCACAUUGAGGAAAAGAAGAAUGAGCUUCCUGAUGAUCUGGGAGAAGACUUUAGCAAAGCAGAGUCCUUCCACCGAAUGCAUGCUGCAUUUGAGAGGGAUAUAAGCUCCCUGGGCAAACAGGUCAAACAGUUCCAGGAGACUGCAACUAGACUGCAUGCUCAGUAUGCAGGAGAUCAGGCCACUGCUAUUCAAGCAACUGAGAAAGAGGUUGUGGAGGCCUGGAAGGGUCUAUUGGAUGCUUGUGCAGGUAGGAGGAAGCGACUGGAGGAUACAGCAGACAAAUUCCGCUUCUUCACCAUGGUGAGGGACCUGCUGGCCUGGAUGGAAAGCAUCAUGCAGCAAAUAGAGACACAGGAAAAGCCACGAGAUGUCUCCUCAGUGGAGCUCCUAAUGAAGUAUCACCAAGGAAUCCGUGCUGAGAUUGAGACCCGUGGACCAAAGUUUAAUCAGUGUGUAGAACUAGGCCAGGCCCUCCUGGAACGCAAGCACAAGGACUCUGCAGAGAUUAAAGAGAAGCUGAUGCAACUGGUAGAGAAGAGGAAAGAGAUGAUGCUCAAAUGGGAUGAUAGAUGGGAUUGGCUUGGACUUUUGUUGGAGGCAUGUCAGUUUGUUCGGGAUGCAUCUAUGGCAGAGGCCUGGCUAAUUGCCCAGGAGCCAUACGUGGCCAGCAGAGAUCUAGGCGAUACAGUGGAUGAGGUUGAAAAACUGCUCAAGAGGCAUGAAGCCUUUGAGAAAUCCACUGCUACAUGGGAAGAGCGUUUCUCAGCACUGGAACGUCUUACAACAUUGGAGCUAAGGGAAAUUCGGAAACAACAACUGGAAAUACAACAGUACAGACAAGAGGCGGAGAAAGAUAGCAGGAGAGAAGACACUGGUUUUGCAGAGGAGUCAUCACAACUCUACCCCACAGAAGAACAGUCUGUGUCUGGUUUAGGAGUAAUAGAGCCUAGUUCUGGCGGAGUUGAUGGCACAGCAGGGGACUCCACUGUGCCUUUGAUCUCAGAGUUGCAGGAAAGUGGCUCACUAGAGCUGGACCCCUCCACAUCUAUUCAGGUUACCAAAGAGACAGAAAAAGCUGCCACACUUCCCACUGAAUCUUCACAAGUUCAACCAGUCUUGAUGGAGGGAACUCUAGCACGCAAACAUGAGAUGGAAGGACAUAAUAAGAAGGCUUCCAACAGGUCCUGGAACAACAUUUACUGUGUGCUCAAGCCUGGACAGCUCUCAGCCUACAAGGAUGCCAAGAGCUUUAGUCACAGUGUCACCUACCAUGGUGAGGAACCCCUGACUCUCACCAAUGCUUCAUGUGAGAUCUUGACCAACUAUAAGAAAAAGAAGCAGGUGUUCAAACUCCGACUUGAAGAUGGAAGUGAAUAUCUGUUCCAGUGUAAAGAUGAGGAGGAGCUCCAGAACUGGACUAAGGCUAUAGAGCAGGCAGCACAAGCUCUGACAGAAGAACCAGUUGCAGGGCCAUCAGGAGUGAAGGCACAAAGCCUACCUCCCCCUUCUUCCACUACUCUAGAGGUCCCCUCAACCAAGAAGGACAAGGAGAAGAGGUUUAGUCUGUUCACUAAGAAGAAAUAAACUCCUGGACAGAAUGUGACACAGGUGAAAUGGAACAGAUUUUUAACACCAUUUUUUUUUUUUUUUUUUUUUUUUUUACAUUAUAUUAAUUUGUAAGAAUCUAGCUAUAUGAAAUGUAGAUUACACUGCUGCCUGUAUCUAAGCUAAUGAGGUGUUGCUAAUGUCCACAUGCAUUGCUCUUUAUGUUUUAUUGUAUUUUCCUAUACUAGAGCCACAUACCACAUUCACUCUGUAUACAAAUAAAAGCACAGGAACCUGAUCAAAUUUAAGCAAAAACAUUUGUAGGAAAAAAAAGUUUUCUUUUUGUCUUGAUUUUUUAUGUGUUGAGUUUCUUCUAGGCAUGCUUCAGUAUGUAUUUUGACUAUAAAUAACAUGCAUAUUUUUGUUAAUCUGCCUUAUUCCUUUAAAAUGGUUGCAAAUGUAAUACUGUGUUCUUUGCAUUGGAACUUAUAGAAUUUUCAUAGAGACAAGGGAGAGAAGUUUCUUUUUGUAAAUGGCGCUCAGCUAGCAGGAGAUGUGGCAAUGAAAGUGCAUGGCAUUAACAUGAAAUAUAAGCAAUAAGCACAGUGUUUAGUGUGCUUUUAGACUGUGCUAAGUGUUGUAAAAGCUAUUUCCACUAUUCCAACAAACAUAUGAAUAUUAAUAUUAUAAUAAUAUUAUAUUCAAAUGUGAACAUACUAAUGCUAUUAUAUAUUAAUGCAUUAAGAAGUACAGUUAUGGUACUAAAGAAAAGACAAAGAUGAGAAGGGCAGUUUUUUUUGUUGUUGUUCCAAAACCUCAGCUAUGUUAAAUAUGACUUUUGCAAAGCAUGAACUGAUAUAUUUAUUUAAUAUGGUGCUAUAUCUUUAAGAUAAGAGUUUUACCCUCUCAUAACUCAGGUUCCCCAGUAUGGCUGUCGCAGGCCUAAAAUGAAAUGCCCUUACACUAAGGCAGCAAAACCAUUAUAAGCACUAAAACAUAUCUCUCACAUCAUAAUAACAAUAAUUAAUUUGAAAGAGAUGUGUACAGCUUUAAUAAUGCAGUAUGAAUACAAUUUAGUAAUCAAUGAAUGUUUGAAAACAUGGAGAAUAGUGUGUCAUACGAAUAUGAAUGUAGAAGUAAUGGUAGAGGGAAAUUUUACUUGCAACAAAUAAUAAUAAUUAUAAUUUUAUAAUAAUCAUAAAACAUCCAACAUACAUGAACUUAAUACCAAUAUCCAGAUCAUACUAAUGAAACAUUCAUUAUGCAUACUUAUUUUAUUUGUCACACAAGUUUCUGAAAGGUCGUAUCAAUAAGUUAUAUUUAGUACAUUGUCUAAUCUUCUGAUUAAAAUUAAAGUGCCCUGUUAACAAAGUCUUAGUUUCUCUCAGUAUUAUAUAUUAACCUUGAAGUAUGUUUCCGUACUGUUUCUGCCAGGCACUGCAAGCUAAAACAAGUAAUGUUUUAAAGUAAAAUGCAGAACAGUAGUUAAAUUUCAUCUCACUUUUGGGUUUUGGAUAUGAAUACGUUUACAGAGUCAUAUGUUAUGAGGGUCAGUGUGGUGCUUUAUUACGGUGGUGUUUUUUUGUUGUUGUUGGCCACUACAUCCCGGACCUCCAGAUCUUUCUGUUUUAUUGCUUUAAACACACUGCAGUCUACUUUAGAAUGAACUCCCUUUCAACUAAUAUGCCUCCAUUCUCUAUUCUCCUUUUGUAUCUGUAUGUUCAAUGCAAAAUCACAUAUAAUAAGUUGAAAACAAGGUAUGACUCAUUUUGGGAGUAUGAAAAAUCAAUAAACUCUGUUUGCAGUAACCUUU